AUGAGACGAAGGCGAGGAGGAUGGUUGCUGACAACGAUAUUACCAUGUUUGCCCAUCAAAGCGAUGCUUAUGACUUUUUCACAGGUGUUGGCGCAAUCUGGCUACGAUGCGCAACCAAUUGGUCGACCCAACGAUGCCAGCUCUUUUCCCGCAUCCAAACCAGUCCCACGCGGCUACCAGCCACCUCCUUUGCCUUUGCUAUUCGAAGCGCCACGUAGUCGCUACAACGCGGCCAAUCAGCAAAUGGAAGUCGGUCAGCAUCGCGGUUAUCCGUCGUUCAGGAGCAGUUACGCUGCAUUUCAAGGACCUUUAAUAGUUCCACACGCGAAUGCACGAUAUCUGGGAUCACAAAUUAGCGCCAAUCAGCAAUAUGAAAACCAGACUGCUGUACCUGUAGCACCACCGUCACAAGCACCGCUUUCUGCACCAAUAAGCUACGUGGAGGAAUGGAAGCAGCAACAAGGAAUUCCUGCUUUAUUGCCUUUAAGGCAUCCUUCACACCCAACACGCCUCAUUUACACUCCAGAGGUAACGGCUCAUCGUUCUCGCGGUCCACCGUCGAUUCAACCGCAGCAAGAAGUUCAACCUGCUGUUCUGCGUUCUGGAGAGAACCCGCCUGACGUGCUUAACAAUAUCAUCGUGCACAUCUAUCUGAACGCUAAAGGGAAACAAAGCCAUACCGUAUCCACUUCUGGUCCUAUCAAAGGAGUUUUCGGCAUCGGGACAUCCCAUGGUGGUCCAGGAACUCACACCAAUCCAAUAGUGAUCACCAAAGACUUCGAUCGUGACACACUGGAAUUUAUUGAGGAGGAUAAGGCAAGGCAACUCGUAGAUGAUGGCCCGGCAAACAUCGUAGAGGUGAAAGCGAUGGUGUCUACUCCGGACCGAAAGAUAGAAAAUACAUUGAACAAGGCGGUAAAUAACGAAUUGAACAGAGCUAUUCCCAUGGUGAUGAACAGAAUGCAAGGUCCAAUGACAAAUAUGGAUAAUGAACUGAGGAAAGAACUGGAACAGGCUUUGGUGGACGAACUUGCAAAAAAUCUCGGCGAAACAAUCGAUGAAAUUGGUAGCACGCCAAGUGAAGAGGACCUAGGAAAACUCAUAGGUGACGAUUCCUCUAUUCUAAAAGGACAGAAAUCACUUAGCUUGGAUGUUGUGGAAGAAGGUUUCAAUGAAAUCACCAACGAAUUCAUGCCAACAACAACCGCAGCCCCAACAGAUGCACCAUCGACGACGACUUCGUCCACCACCACCACCACCACCACUACCACCACCACGACGGCAAAGAAAACCAUAGUGAGCACGACUGCCACUACUACCACAAGAAGGAGGAUGACAACUCGUUCUUCUUCUGCCACCACCUUGCCAACCACUACUACCCGCGGAACCACCACAACUGCUGUAGAUGAGAUGAUGAAGGAGUCGCCUUUUGAUCAGCCUGAAUUCCGUCCUGAACCCACUACCGGAAGAACUCCUCCACCGCGAACGUUCCGUAUCACCACUACUACAACAUCACCAAUAAUUACCUCAACAGUUCCAUGGUGGAUGACAACUCGUCCAACUCCAGUAAGAACCGAAACUCCUACGACCUUGAGAACUAGGCCAACAACAACUUCCUCAACUACUACUACAACUCGUCCUACCACCAUCACAACACGAGAAGCUACGACAAGCAGCUCUCCAACGGAGGGUUUUACUGCGAGUACGUACACGGAGGUAAGGACUCGUCCGCCCACGACUAUUCCCCCUACGACAACAACGACGACGGAAACUCCAAGAACAACUCCAAGAACAACCUCGAGAACAACUACAGAAUUUCCUACAACGACAAGAGUGUUCAUAACAACAUCUACAAUUCCUGAUAGGUGGAAGACCACCGAUGUUGCAUUCUCCAAGCCUAAGGCACAGGAAAAAAUUCCAGUGGAGUUCAGUUCGGAUCAACGCCCGAAUACAUCUGAAAAACCAGAGUCACCAGCGCUACCAACAGCUGAACCCGCAAGAGUUACUGGAGAAACCUUGGUGCACCGUGAAUCUCAGAAUACCAGACCAGGAGAAGUAUCAACGCGAUGGCCGGGAGAAGUGGAGCCGGCUAUGAAAUCCAGAGAGGACGUAGAAGAGGAGGAACCAAAAUUCGUUACCACUCGUCCAAUUCACAUUAUCUCAAUUGAAGAAAGCGCCGAGACAACCACCAAAACUACGCGUCGUGGAACAACUAUGGGAAUUCGCGUUACACGACCACCGACAACGACUGAAGCACCACUCACCUCAAUAUUUGACGAGUCUGCGUUCGGCACUGUAACCGCCACGAUUGCCGUGAAUACUGAAACACCCACCGUCGUUCAAUCAACUGUUACUACCACACCUUCAUCCUCUCACGCACCUUUCACCACUUCAUCCGCAGUAACAGAAUCCAGCACUACCGCAAGUGUAACAGCAGAGUUUCGUCCCAGAGCGCAAAAUAGAGCUCCGAGUGAAGAAAUCACUUCUGAAAGCGGUACCACCUCAACUAUAACACCAACAUUUGCUACACUUCCGGAAGAAUCUGAGGAAAUAACGAUGGAACCAGGAAAAGGUGUGGUUAUGAAGGAGCGUCCAACGAACUUUGGCGACCAGAACAUGAUGAAGGAGGAAAUAGAGGAGGAAAUGCUCGAGGAAGGAGUCACAGAACCAACAACUGUCAAAACUAUCACUAUCACCGCCACCCCCACCAGCGCCACUGAAAAGGAGGUGGGAGCACAGUCUCCUAGUUUUGCUCCUCCUGAAAGAACUCAGACAGCUACUGAACAAUCGCCUGGAGCAUUCCUUGCAGAAAUUUCUCCAAAGGAAGCAUUGCCAACGUCCGCGACAGAAGGUGCCGCGAUUCCUCCUACUGAACCCACUUCACCCUCGUUGAAAGCAUUGCCAACGUCCGCGACAGAAGGUGCUGCGAUUCCUCCUGCUGAACCCACUUCACCCUCGUUACUCACGAAACCUCCGGCUACGGAUAUACCAAUGACAACUACGGCUACAACUUCGAUAUCCUCAACGGUGGAUAUAUUAUCGACCUCCACAGAAACUGCGCCCUUCGAGGUGCCGCCAGGAAUGUUUGAACCCGCGCCGCCAACAGUCGCCCAUCGGGAGCCAGCAACAACAGGAUCAAUUGCGGAGGAAACGACCACACCUUUCCACUCCACUACAGAAGAAGCGCAACCUAUACCAGAUGCAUUUGCCGUGGGGAAGGGACCAUGUCCUACUCCAAAUGAUGAGACGGAUGCAAGGCGCAGUGAUGUUCUCUUCUUAUUGGACUCAUCCAAUUCUUACAAUGAACAGAAAUUCAUGCAUGCUAUUCAAUUGAUUCUGGAUACGGUCACACAUUUCAGGAAUAUUGGACCAAAUGGAACUCAAGUGUCCCUUGUGCAAUACAAUAGCGAACCGUACCUUGAGUUCUCCCUAAGGAAGCACAACUGUAAGAAAUGGCUCAUAGAAGACAUUGCUGACACUGAUUACAUGCAGGGUGGAAACAUGCUCGGAAAAGCUGUGGAAAAAGUUGCUCGAUUUGCAUUCACUAAAAACAGGGGAGAUCGUCCUGAUGCUGAAAAUGUCCUCGUCGUUUUGACCGAUGGUCAGUCCGAUGAUAAAAUUCAAGAGCCCGUCGAGAUAGCCAAGAAGAACAAUCUAACGGUUUUUGUUAUUGCAACAUUGGAAGCGAAUUCGCAGUAUAUUAUGGAACUUGCAGGAAGCAUGGAUAAUGUAUUUCGAUUCCACACAGAUCCCCAUAAAUCGUUACCUCUAAAGCUGGCCGAACGCAUCACUUCACUAGCUUCCGGAUCGACUACCGUACCCACUCCGGAGCAGACUACUAUCUUACCCUCAACUACGUCAAUACGCAUCUUGGGGACCCAUGAAAUGUUCACGAUUGCUUUACCGAACGAGGAGGACGAGGAAGUGUGGCAAGGAACGAACGACGUCGGCGUUCACACUACGGUACCUUUCGCUCCUACCGCCUCUACAACUCCAUGGAUUGGUGGCGAACCUCAGAGUAUGGUCCAACUUGAGUGCACCCAUCUCGGAUUCAAGGUCAACCUCAAUAUUCCUGGAGGCUACGAUGGUGUAGCGUUGGUGAAGGGACAAGAAGAUAAGGAAGAAUGCAGAAAGGAUAUUCACACACCACGAGGAUUGUCGAACUCUACGAUUGAAUUUUUCGUUGCCUCAAAAACAUGUGGAGUUACACGUGCAAAAUCAGUUGAACCUGCCGGUCAGAAUUAUUCACUCAUUCUUCAUCUCGUUCACCAUGGAUCUCUCGUUACUGGAGGGGACAAGGCAUUCCUAUUACAGUGCUUUAUUGGAAAACAUACAGAGGACACCGAACUGGCUACAAACUUAACGGUGAUGAAAGGAGAACUGAUGAUUGCGGAAACAAUAUCGCUGAGCUCAGUGCCGCCAACAUGCGCAUAUUCUAUUCGUCGGGACUCUCCUGACGGUCCUGUUGUGAAGAACGCAUUCGUGGGACAAACCGUCUAUCAUCGUUGGGAUUGCGAUGGCGGAGAAGAAGCCAACGGCGUCUAUGGGAUGCAAAUCCACGGCUGCUAUGCUAGCGAUGACGUGGACAUGAAAUUCCCCAUUGUCGACAAUCGAGGCUGUUCCUCGGAUCAAGCGUUGAUCUCUGAUCCGAAAUAUUACGAUGAUCGUCUCACUGCAUACGCUGAAAGCAAAGCAUUUGCAUUUCAACAAGCCGAAUCACUACAAUUUAUGUGUAAGCUUAGUCUCUGCACACGAGAUGGUGAUGGUUGCGAGGGUGUCACGCCUCCAGCGUGUAGCGGGAAUACUCGUGACCUUCUAGUGACACGACGCAUACGACACCAGAACACUGCUCUGGAAGGUGCACUCAGCUCUGCCCUUACCACUAAAGUAGAAAUGGCACCAGAACAGGACAAACAUCCACUGAGAGAUCGAGUAGUGGAAGUGUUUUCAUCCAAGGGUUCUAUCAUACUUCUAGCUGCACUUAUUGUGAUUGCAAUCAUCGGAACCGUAUUGCUGAGUCGAUACGCACGCUAUCCUACGGAUGCGACAACGACUUAUUCCGAUCCAGAAACCAUAGUUUCUUCUCCCACUUCUCCUAUCCCGCCUUCGGGAACGCUGGCACCAGAAUCCCAACCAGCAGCAAGCAAUGAUUAUUCGAAUGAGGAAGAAAGCAAUAGACGAUUAGCGCAAUUCAUGAAGGAUUUUGAUCGUUCGAAAUAUGUGUAA